AUGGUCGUCGCCACCACUUCCCCCUGCGAGCCCCUCUUCGCCAACCAGCUGUUGGAAACCGCGUACUACCGCCUCCCCUUGGCGCCGCUGGCGGUCGGCGAGGCCGUCCCCACCACCAAGCGGACCCCGAAACACCUGGCGGUGUACCGCAACCGGGCUUUGCCCCUGCGCACGGUGCUGUGCUUGCACCCUGGCGUCGACACCUACGCCAAGUUGUUCAACAACUCCGUCGCCCUUAACGGACCCAACCCCUGUCUUGGCUGGAGACCCUACGACUACGUGCAGAAGAAGCACGCCCCCGACUUUGUUCUGCUCUCGUACAACGAGGUCCAGCAGAAGAAGCGCAACAUCGGCGCCGGUAUUAUCCGCUCGUUGCUCUCUAACCCGUACAAGAAGGACACCGACGCCCACCAGAAGAUCGACGCCCACUUGACCCGCUACCACACUUAUGGGGUUGAAAACACCGGUACCGACAACCCCGACCACAUCAUCGAAAAGCUGGCGUCGUUCAUCGUGCUGAUCUUCGCCGCCAACCGCGCCGAGUGGAUCAUGACCGACUUGGCGUGCCUGGCGUACUCGAUGACCAACACCGCGUUGUACGACACUUUGGGGCCUGACGUCACCAUGUACAUCUUGGAGCUCACCAAGCUGCCGAUCGUGGUGUUGCUGAAGGACAAGGUGGAGACGGUGCUCACUUUGAAGAAGAACCACCCCAAGGAGCUUGAAAACCUCAUUUCGUUGGUGGUGAUGGACCCGUUGUCGACUGUCGACCAACAGUACGUCAACCAGGCUAAGGAAUUGCAGGUCACCUUGCACGACUUGCUGCAAAUUGAGCAGAUCGGGGCCACCAACCCCAUUGAAGAAUUGCCCCCCUCGGCUAACACUUUGCAGACGAUCUCGUUCACCUCGGGUACCACUGGGGCUAAGCCUAAGGGGGCGAUGUUGUCGCAAGCCAAUGCCGCCGCCGCCAUCUCCGCUUUGGCCUCCACUGAACCCAAGGCGCUGCCGGGUAAGAACAAGGCUUUCAUUUUCUUGCCGUUGACCCACAUCUAUGAGCGUCAGACCUCCGGGUACGCGUUGCUGGCGGGUUACUACCUCGGAUUCCCCCAGUUCACCUUCGACAACCCCCGCCCCGACGCGUUCAAGGACUUGAUCACCGAUCUCCGCAUCUUCAAGCCCACCUACUUCUCGCUGGUGCCGCGGAUCCUCACCAAGUUCGAGUCGUUGAUCAAGCACACCGUCAAGCAGUUGCCUGACCCCGAACGGAUUAAGGUCGAAGAAAUUAUCGCCUGGAAGCUUGCUAAACAGAGCGAGGCUGACGGCAACACUGGCGCCAACCCCGAGUACGACAACUACCCCCCCUACGUGGCGUUGCAAGAGCUUGUCGGCUGGGAAAAGAUGGACUGGACCCAGACCGCCUCCGCCCCCGUGGCGGCGCUGACGUUGGCGUACCUCAGAGCGGCGUUGAACACCGGUACCCGCCAGUUGUACGGGCUCACCGAAACCUACGGCGCCCACACCAACUCGAUCCCCUGGGAAGCCAACCCUGGAACCUGUGGCCCCACCAUGAUCACGCUGGAACAGAAGAUGCGGUCGGUGCAGGAAAUGGGCUACGACAUCUCCGAAGGCAAAGGUGAAUUGUUGGUGGGCGGGUCCCAAGUUUUCAAAGGCUACUACUACAACCAGGCCGAAACCGACAAGUGCUUUGACGAGGACGGGUGGUUCCACACCGGUGACAUCUCUCGCAUCGACGACAAGGGCCGGUUGCUGAUCAUCGACAGAGUCAAGAACUUCUUCAAGUUGGCUCAGGGUGAAUACAUCUCGCCCGAGAAGAUCGAAGGGUGCUACCUCUCGCUGAACCCGUUGUUGACUCAAUUGUACGUCCACGGUAACUCGCACAAGCUGUAUCUUGUUGGGGUCUGUGGCGUCGACUUUGAACGUGGUCUCCAGUUCUUGAACGAAGUCUGUGGCUACAACAAGUUGGACAUGACCCAACACGAACUCGUUGACGAGUUGAACAAGGUCGAAAACAAGCGCAAGUUCUUGAAGUCGCUCAACGACUCCGUGGGCUCCAAGUUGAACGGGUACGAAAAGUUGCACAACGUCUACAUUGAGUUGAACCCGUUGACCGUCGAGCGUAACGUGGUGACGCCGACGAUGAAGAUCAAGCGUGGGGUGGCGUCGAAGUACUUUGGCGAGGUGUUCGAAAAGUUGUACGAAGUCGAACAGCUGUUGGUGCACAAGGCGAGAGAAGCGCGCUUGUAA